UGCAAGAGAAUCUGCUCCUCCACCGUUACAGGGAAACGCAGCCGUAGCCAGCUGCUGUGUGCGAUAGCUGGCAUGGAUAUUAACACUGGCAUCCAGCGUUUUUAAAAACGUCAAGCAUCUAUUCAGAGGGCAAGCGAUACCCGGAGCGAGGGGAAGGCUAAGAACUUAUUGCAUGGGCGCCCUCAUGUAAUAUUCAUCUUUUUCCAGCAAUGUCCAAAACCUUGAAAAAGAAAAACCACUGGACCAACAAAGUCCACGAGACCGUCCUUUGCAGGAAUAAAGAAGGCGAGCUCGGGUUCGAGCUGAAGGGAGGCGCCGAGAACGGCCAGUUCCCGCAUCUCGGAGAGGUGAAGCAGGGCAAAGUGGCCUGUCAGAGCGGCAAGCUGUCCCAGGACGAGCUGCUUCUGGAGGUCAAUGACACGCCGGUGGCCGGACUAACCAUUCGGGAUGUGCUCGCCGUCAUUAAACACUGCAAGGACCCUGUCCGCCUCAAGUGUGUCAAACAAGGUGGUGUUGUCGAUAAGGACCUUCGUCACUACCUCAACCUGCGCUUCCAGAAGGGUUCAGUGGACCACGAGCUGCAGCAGAUCAUCCGAGACAACCUGUACCUCCGCACUGUUCCCUGCACGACUCGGCAGCCCAAGGAGGGGGAAGUUCCUGGGGUGGAUUAUAAUUUUGUGACGGUUGAGCGUUUUAUAGAACUGGAGAAGAGUGGAGCCUUACUAGAGAGUGGAACAUAUGAAGAGAACUAUUACGGCACACCCAAGCCCCCUGCAGAGCCCACUCCCCUGCUGCUGAAUGUGACAGAUCAGCUGUUGCCGGGCGCCAGACCCAGUGCGGAGGGCAAGAGGAAGAGGAACAAGUCUGUGAGCAACAUGGAGAAGGCCGGCAUCGAGCCCCCAGAGGAGGAGGAAGAGGAGAGGCCUGUCGUCAAUGGCAACGGCGUCGCCAUCACCCCAGAAUCGAGCGAGCAGGAGGACAAAAGCACCGACGUUUCAGGAGACAUGGCCCCCCAACCCUGCUCCCUGGAGGCCCCCACCUUUACCCCCACAGAGGCUCCCAGAGAGGAGGGGGAGCCCCCACAGUCACCGCUCAAACCCGAUGAGAACGAUGACCUGGGACCCCUGCCCGACAACUGGGAGAUGGCCUACACUGAGAAGGGAGAGGUGUACUUCAUAGAUCAUAACACUAAGACAACAUCGUGGUUGGAUCCGCGGCUGGCGAAGAAAGCGAAGCCACCGGAGGAGUGUAAAGAGGAUGAGCUUCCCUACGGCUGGGAGAAAAUUGAUGACCCAAUUUAUGGCAGUUACUAUGUGGACCACAUAAACAGACGAACGCAGUUUGAGAACCCCGUCCUGGAGGCCAGGAGGCGUCUAGACCAGCAGCAAAUGCAGAGCCAGGGGCUGUCCUCCCUGCCCCUCCCCUCCCUGUACAGAGUUGAGGAGACCCCCUCCUCAGCGACGUUACCUAGACCCAAACUGGCUCGCUUGGGCCCUGCCCCUGAGCGUUCCCGCAGUCUCACCGACCUAUCAGAGUUUCCCGAGGACAAGGCAGGAGUGUUCGGCCUGCAUGAGAAGCCCCUGUUCACACGGGACGCGACGCAGCUGAAGGGGAACUUCCUGUCCACCACGCUGCAGAAGAGCACCAUGGGAUUUGGCUUCACCAUCAUUGGCGGCGACGAGCCUGACGAGUUUCUGCAGGUGAAGAGCGUCAUACCGGAGGGCCCAGCAGCCCAGGACGGCAAGAUGGACACAGGUGAUGUCAUCGUCUACAUCAACGACGUGUGCGUUCUGGGCACCACGCACGCUGACGUGGUGAAGCUGUUCCAGUCGGUGCCGAUCGGUCAGAGCGUGACCCUGGUGCUGUGUCGGGGCUACCCCCUGCCCUACGACCCCGAGGACCUGAGCAGCAGCGGCGUGCCCCCCCCGAUGGGCCUGGGCGAGAGGCCCCUCAUCGUCAACGGCCGCAGCAACUACGACAGCUACAUGGACUACGUCUCCCGGACCGCCCGCUUCGUCCAGGACCACGGCGACCCGCUCUCGGCCCCGUCCCUCUCCCACCCCGGGGACACCCACCUGGACGGCAGCCUCCCCACCCCCCACGAGGACAGCGUGUCCAUGGCGUCGUCGGGGGCCACGCAGGCCGAGCUCAUGACGGUCACCAUGGUGAAGGGCACCGACGGGUUCGGGUUCACCAUCGCCGACAGCCCCACGGGGCAGAGGGUGAAGCAGGUCCUGGAGCCGCAGGGCUGCCCCGGCCUGUGCGAGGGGGACCUGAUCCUGGAGAUCAACCAGCAGAGCGCGCAGGGCCUCAGCCACACGCAGGUGGUGGACCUGCUGAAGGACUGCGCCGUGGGGGCCGAGACCGCACUGCUCAUACAGCGGGGCGGGGCCGGUCAGUUUUCACCCUGGAAGACACCUAAACAGGUGCUGGAGCAGUGGGACCUCCAGGGGAGUCCCCAGACCAGCAUGUCGGCCCCCGUCCUGCCCCACAGCGCCCCUUACCCUGCACAUCUCCUCCACCGAGCAUCAGUGCCGGACUCUGCCGAAGCCUUCGACCUGAGCAAGCCGGACCCUUACGACCUGUACGAGAAGUCCAGAGCCAUCUACGAGAGCCGGCAACCUGGCCUACCAAACACUGCCGCUGGAAUUGCCUCUGCUGGGCUGGAAUACCAGGAGCUGGAGGUGCACUUGAAGCGGCAGAAGUCCGGGUUUGGGUUUCGCAUCCUGGGGGGUGAUGAGUCCGGCCAGCCUGUGAGUCUGGAGACUUGUGACAAGAUCCUGAUCGGGGCGAUCAUUGAGAACAGCCCUGCCGAUCGCGACGGGCGUUUGAAGCCGGGGGACGAGCUGGUGUCCGUAGACAGGAUCCCCGUAGCGGGACAGACGCACAGAUACGUCAUUGACCUGAUGCACGCUGCUGCCCGCAACGGUCAGGUCACCAUGACCGUGAGGAGGAGGAUCCAACCUAUCGGUGAAACAUGUCCAGAGAACGGGCGGAGCCCCGGCGCGUUGUCAACGCAACACAGCUCGCCGAGGAGCGAAUUCGCAACAGCCACGUUUCCCAGCAGCACCAGCGCUGUCCCGCCCCCUGCCCCCAGCUCCUCCCCCCCAGAGAGGUUUGCUUCCCACAGCUUGCAGACGAGUGAUGUCAUCAUCCACCGGAAAGAGAACGAAGGGUUCGGAUUCGUCAUCAUCAGCUCGCUGAAUCGACCAGAGACCACAACCACUAUCACUGUACCCCAUAAGAUCGGCCGCAUCAUCGAGGGCAGCCCUGCCGAUCGCUGUGGGAAGCUGAAGGUGGGCGACCGCAUCCUGGCGGUGAACAGCCAGUCCAUCAUCAGCAUGCCGCACGCCGACAUCGUCAAACUCAUCAAGGACGCGGGGCUCAGUGUCACUCUGCACAUCGUCCAGCAAGAAGAGCUGCACAGCCCUCCCUCAGGACCCAGCUCUGAGAAGCAGAGCCCCAUGGCCCAGCAGCACAGUCCUGUAGCACAACCCAGCACAAUAACCCAACCCAACACAGUAACCCAACCCAGCGUGGUGACCCAACCCAGCACGGUCACUCAACCCAGCACAGUGACCCAACCUAGCAUGGUCACUCAACCCAGCACGGUCACCCAACCCAGCAUGGGGACCCAGCCCAGUGCGGUGACCCAGCCCAGCACAGUGACCCAACAGAGCCCUGUUACUCAAGUCCCAACAGGCCCCGCCCCCGGUCCUGCCCCUGGAACUGUUGCUGGCUCUGGUCCACCUCCCCAGCUCUACGCCCACGACAGCAGCUACAGGUCCGAGGUGAAAGCCAGGCAGGAUGUGAAGCCAGACAUUCGACAGCCGCCGUUCACCGAUUACAGACAGCCCCCGGUGGACUACAGACAUCCUCCUGUGGCCGAUUACCGUCAACCCCCCACCCUGGACUACCGACAGCCCCCCAUGCUGGACUACAGACAGCACUCACCCGAUGCACGCCAGUUCCCAAUCCCAGACUACAGACAGCUACAGGACUUUGACUACUUCACGGUGGAUCUGGAGAAGAGUGUGAAGGGGUUUGGGUUCAGUAUUCGCGGGGGGAGGGAGUACAAGAUGGACCUGUUCAUCCUGCGCCUGGCCGAAGACGGGCCCGCCAUCCGCAAUGGCAGAAUGAGGGUGGGGGACCAGAUCAUCGAGAUCAACGGCGAGACGACGCGCGACAUGACGCACGCCCGCGCCAUCGAGCUCAUCAAGGCCGGCGGCCGGCGGGUUCGACUGCUGCUGAAACGGGGGACGGGCCAGGUCCCCGAAUAUGACAGCUCCGCCCCCCGAGACUCUCUCCCCGCACCUUCCCCAGGCCUGUCGGAAGUAGCCCCGCCCCCCGACCAUCUUCUGACCACUCCUUCGCCUUCAUCUCAUCCCCUGGCCCCGCCCCCUGACCCCUCCCACCCGCUGCCCCCGGACGCAGUGCAGGAGUGCCGAGUGGAGCGUGCCCAGAGCCCCGCCCAAGACCCGCCCGCUUUGGGGAGGCUGGGCGGGAGUGGGCGGGGCCGGCACCGGGAGAGUGGCAGGUCCACCCGGAGAGGGGGCGCGGCAGCGAGCGAUCAGACAGGGGACCCCAAAUCCACAAAAACCACCAGGGGGAAGUCCCAGGACACAGCAGGUGCUGGAGAGAGCAACACAGCCCCCUGCAGGGAGAGGAAGGAAUUGACGCGGUCCCCGAAAGGCGGCGACCACAGCCUGAACGGCAGCACCCACGGCAACAGUCGCCAUGGCGUCGAUAGCGGUCGGGGGCCCCCCACGGAGCCUCGGGCCCCACAGGGCAGCAGGAACACUAGCGGUGGUGGGAUUAGUGGUGCAGCCAGCCGGAAGGCCACAGUGUCCCCCGGCCCCUGGAAGAUUCCGGGGUCCGAUAAGCUGCCCAGCUCGCUUCGGCCUGGACCUUCCACUGUGAGCAGAUAACAGCAUAACCCCAUCAAUAGGGGGCAGCGCUGCACCCCUCUCUCUGGCCUGCUACCCCACUCCGACAACCCACUAGAAAACACAUGAGCUCCAUUCCUCCUUUUUUUUAAGCAUUGUUUUUAAUUUAUAUUCUAUUUUAAAUUAUUUGAUUUGAAUGAGAUUACACCCACCACCUUAAAGCAAAAGCUUGUACGCCUCCACUGAAAAACAGAAGAGGAAUACGAAAAACGAACGGGACACGUAGCGUGUUGGGGUGGCCCUUUCCGGGAUGUUUGGCCUAAACGGAGGAACUUUACUUCCGGUCUGGGGAGUAGGAAAAAGUCCUCGUUUGGCAGGGAACUGAGCCUAGCGUAGCGUUGACGUCACAGCCAGAUCCCUCACCACCGCCGUUUCUUUUCUCGGCGUCACGGAAUGUGUUUCAUGAGGCACGGGAGCGGAGGAGAGGUUCGUGAAGGAAAAGAGGAACUGAACGAAAGAGGAUAUUCAUCAACAAACUGCCUUAAACCUGUACUGAUAUAGCACUGACAUGGAAGAUAUCUCCAAUCAUUCAGCUGAUAAUAUAGAUAUAUACAUAUAUUAUAUAAAUAUGUGAAAAGGUAUGUAAAUACAAUCAUCUCUAAAUAUAUCUGGGUGAGCUAGCAGUAGUUCUGAGAGAUACAGUACGUUAGGUCUGCUGCAGGUACUUAAGGACAUAAACUGAAAAACCAUCUCAUAUCCUGUGGGUUCUGUGAUUCAGCUUCGGGUCAGUGUGGCUUUGUCUUGUUCAAACUCAAAAAACUACAAAAAAAAAGAGACACAAACUUCAUUUGUGGAAGGUUUCUGAAGGUCUUCUCUCUCGUGUUCUCCCCCGUCAUACUUCACGCACCAAGCCACUGUGGAAGGGUGCUGUCUCAUUGGCUGGACUGGAGAGCAAGAUUGUGGGAGUGGGCGGGGCUGAGUGCCUUACAAUGUAGUCUCACGUGACGGUGGCGUAAGCCGUCGCAAUUCUCCAGGUCUGGAGUUUGAGGUCUGUUAUGUCUGUAGAGCUGAAAGCUAUACCCAGGCUGCUAUUAGGUCAGGCACAGUCAGUGAUACUGUGGUGGACUCUAAUGUCAGUGUAAGUGUUUUUUAACCACUCAACUCUUGUCUGUAUUUUUGUCCGGGACUUUUAAGAUAUAUCUCUCCUCAUGAGGUCAAGUUGCACCAAAAAAAUAUAUAUGAUAUCAUUUGAAGGUCAUUGUUUUUGACAGACAUUGUUUAAAUAUGUUUAUAUGUAGGCGGUAGUUUUGUUUGUCAUUUCCUUUGCGAAGGAAACGUAGAUCUCAUGCAUGAAUGUGGAAUUGCAGCGUAGCGUCUUAGUGAGGACGCAGUAGCUCCUUACGCCUGUCUGUCCAGACGGAACCACAGGUAAGUUUCCCGCAGGUCCUGCGCUGUUAGAACCUAGGAGGGGAGCUUAUCACAGGAAACCGGGGCGCAGAGAAAGAGCCGGUCAAAACGCGGUCGGCUUUUAGCCGAGCUAGCCGAACUUUGCCAAAAUUCAGAGGUGUGCCACGGUGUUUAAUGCCACGUCCGUGGGGAGUUGAAACAGGUGGGGGGGGGGGAAGGCCUCCGGGACUUCGAUACCCAGCAUGCCAUCAGAGUGACCUCCAUUUCAGAGCUCCUCCCACACGAUUAUGCCGUCUCUGUUAGCUGGGCUGUCGGGUGCCUUCAAACACGCAGAGGACAGGAGCAUUCUUUGCCAAACAGUAGUCCAUGUUGACAGUGAGAUUAUCUGGAAGCAGUUUCCAAUUGUGGUCAGUCAAAUGCUCAGUCACAGAUUUUGAGAUUGGAAGGAGAAGCGAAUGGACUGAAUUUGUUCAAAUGAUUAUUGUUAUAUUCCAGUCAGUACUCCAGGGAGCACUGCAACUGCGAAUGCAGUUUUCAGAACUUCUGUCACGGUUAGCGACCCUACCCAUUAUGUCGUGUGAACAUUAAAUAGUUUUACAUCCCAGUUACAUUUCAGUAGAAGCUUUCAUUGAACUCUGUUGACACUUCCAAUUAACAUAAUUUCUGGGCAUCGCUUGAACAAAAUACAAAAUGACUCUGUCUUCACCUAUUGGUAAGCCUCACAGCAUCUUGUCAAUUGAUUUGUCAUUUCAGCUGUAGUUUCAUGCCAGCUCAUUGCACACUAAGACCAGGAAAGUUGAGAAUGCAGAUGUACUUUUGACUGUGACUGAUCAUGACCUGAAAGUCUCAAUGUCCCAAGUAGCAUCGCUUCAAACUGAAGAAUUAAUUUUCUGCAUAUUGCACUAACCGGGAGGCAAAGAAGGAGACUGAUCGAACAAAAAACACCUGCUUUGAGCUUAUAUGAAAUUACUCGAUCCAUUUCUAGUAUCAUUUGGAUACAAGCGUCAUUAUAUUUGAAACGGAGUAAAUCGGACAAGUGGCUACACCUGAUUUUAAGCAGUCACCUGACAACUGUGCUGUACAGGGGAGCUGAUUGGCUCUCCUUCGCCUCAUCGUUUUUGUAUACAAGAGGCAGAGGGUUAGGGAUUGGGCGAGAGGAUACCGUCGGCAUUGGCAACCAGAGCGGAUUUCUGCCUGCUGUAAGUAUUUUUAUAUGAAGUAGGAAUAAACCCCUGUGAAAGAUGGCUCGUUCAUGAACCCCCCAUUCAGAACAAUAUGACUGUGUUAGCUGUGUAUUUACCCUGUACAGCUGUAUCUCUAUAAAUAUAAUUACAUGUAUUAUUAAUAGUCACAAAGACUGUAAGUGAGCAACUAUUUUUAUGAAAUGCAACACAAUGGAUAUAUUAACUUUUGCAGAAAUCUUGUUUACUGUAUGAUACUCUGAAAUAAUGUCAAAUAAAAUCUUGACGCCAUCUAAAA